ACCUAGCAACCAGUGUUUUAGACAUGGCGGACAAGUACAACGCAGAAAAUAUUAUAACAGAAACUCAAAAGAGGAUAAGUAAUGCCUUUGACGUGUUUGACCACGAAUCCAACAAGACUGUUGAUGUCAGAGAAAUAGGCACCAUUAUCCGUUCACUUGGCUGUUUCCCAUCAGAAGCUGAUUUGCAUGAUAUCAUUGCUGAGCUAGAAGAAGAAGAGCCCACUGGGUUUGUACGCUAUGAGAAGUUUCUUCCAACCAUGACUAAGAUUCUGCUGGAACGCAAGUUCCGUCCUAUUACAGAAGACCUGCUUCUUCAGGCCUUUGAGGUUUUAGAUCAACAAAAAAAAGGACACUUGGAACCAGAGGAACUGACCAAAUAUUUAACUCAAGAAGGAGAGCCUUUCACACAGGAAGAGAUGGAUGAAAUGCUGUCUGCGGCUGUUGAUCCUGAUAAAAAUGUAAUUCUCUACAGGGACUUUGUGAGCAUGAUGACCUUUGAUGACACUCGAUAAUGGCUGACGCCAUGAAUAGAUAGAAUAAAUAAGUAUUUUUUAUAGAGUUAAAAUCAAGAUAUCAUUACCAAAAUCAUCUCAGUUACCAUAAUAAAUAAUAUGCUGUAUUUUUAUUUUAUUAUGAAUCUUUGCCCAUGGUAAAAUGCCCAAAUACUCUUUCCGUAUUAUAUACUUUGGCAAAAUUACACAGUAUGAUAUUUUACCCUAUUCAAAUAGCAUUUAUUUGAAAUAUGUGUGCAAGACUGAGAGGGUGUUCAUAGACUGAUUAAACAUUCUCGCUAUUAAUGAGGCAGGUUUUCUAAAGCCAGUUGUGUGUCUGAGAGCUUCAUUAUAAAGUCAGCGUGUGGUGUCUUUAUUCUUUCAGUUUCAUUAGCAGACUCUGAUACCACAGGUUUUGUGAAGGGGUGGCAUAUCCUUGCAGCUCAUUUUUUCCUAAUUAACCUGUGCCCCAUGAGUGCAUCUGUGUGGGGGAGAGACCGGGAACGGAGAACUGACCAGACAAGUACAUUACUUAUGAUGGCCUUUACAGAAUGCAAUCAUAAAGACUGCAUACUGGUGGCAUGACAAAUUAUGAUCUAACAUUUCAUGAAAUUCUGUGCUUUAAAAAAAUGAACUGAUCAGAAAAAUUAAUAACAGUUAAACAUUAUAGUUGAGUUUUUUAUCUGAGUUUGCUUUAUCUACAAUACUAGUCAAAAGUUUUUGAACAGUAAGAUUUUUAAUGUUUUUUUUUUAAGAAGACUUCUGCUCACCAAGCCUGCAUUUAUUUUAUACAAAAUACAGCAAAAGCUGUAUUUGUAUUGUGAAAUAUUUUUACUGUUUAUAAUAACUGUUUUCUAUGUGCAUAUAUUUUAAAAUGUAAUUUAUUAAUGUGAUCAGAGCUAAAAAGUGCUAAAAAGAAAUUAUAGAAAUUAAUACUUAGCAAGGAUGCUUUAAAUUGAUAAAGAUGUUUGUAAUGUUACGAAAGAUUUCUAUUUCAGAUAAAUGCUGUUCUUUUGAACUUUCUAUUCGUCAAAGAAACCUGAGUUUCGUAUAAAGAAAUUCUACUCAGCUGUUUUCAACGUAAUAAUAAUGAUAAUAAAAAUGUUUUUAAGCAGCAAAGCAGAAUAUUAGAAUGAUUUCUGAAGGAACAUGUGACACAAGACUAGGGUAAUGAAUGCUAAAUAUUCAGCUUUGAAAUCA